UUUCCAACCGUAAGGGGAAAAAUGAAAAGAGAUCAAAUUGAAGUCCAAAGUUCCCAACAGACAACAAUCAAAAUCAAAAUCAAAUAGAGAAGCUUGUGACCGUCUGAGAGGAUCGUUGCUUCCUCUCUGAAGACGAUGAACGGCGGCCCGUCUGGUUUCAACAAUGCCCCCGUCACCCGGACCUUCAUCAUCGCCUCCGCUCUUUUCACCAUUUUCUUUGGGAUCCAAGGCCGUUCAAUUAAGCUUGGCUUGUCCUAUCAGGAUGUGAUUGUGAAGCUCCGAUUUUUGAAGCUAGUAAUGUCAGUUUUUGCGUUUUCAUCUACUCCCGAAUUGAUGUUUGGACUGUUUCUGCUAUAUUACUUCAGAGUAUUUGAAAGGCAGAUAGGUUCCAACAAAUACUCGGUCUUUAUUUUGUUCUCUAUAAUAACCUCCUUACUUUUUGAGGUCCUUGCGAUAGCAUUACUUAAAGAUCCUGCAGCGAAUCUAGUCACUUCUGGACCUUAUGGUCUUUUAUUUGCUUCCUUUGUACCCUUCUUCUUUGAUAUUCCUGUUUCAACUCGGUUCCGUGUAUUUGGACUUCGUUUCUCUGACAAGUCUUUCAUAUAUCUGGCUGGUCUUCAGCUCCUUCUGUCCUCGUGGAGAAGAUCUAUCUUACCAGGGAUAUGUGGAAUUCUUGCUGGUUCCUUAUAUCGUUUGAAUGUAUUUGGCAUCCGCAAGGCCAAGUUACCAGAGUUCAUCAGUUCAUUUUUUUCAAGACUUUCUUUGCCAUCUGUGGGGAAUCCUCCAGCAGCCCCAAAUAGAGAUGUUAGAGGAAACAUGCCAUCUUUCAUGAGCCGCCAGGUUGAGAGGAACUACCCUUCUGUGCCAACUGCUACAGAACCACCAGAAGACUCCAUUGCUACACUUGUUUCGAUGGGGUUCGACAGAAACUCUGCUAGACAGGCCCUUGUGCAGGCUAGAAACGACGUUAACAUUGCAACGAACAUACUUCUUGAAUCACAAUCGCACUAAUUUCAAGAAUUUUUUUAUGGGUAUAUGAAAACUUUGAUGAUGUCCCCAGGUCCGAGAACGACCAAAUUGAGAAUCCAGGGUUGAUGAAACUUGCUGACAACUGAGUUUUGAUGGUUGGAGGAACUCACCAGGCUGUUUUUGUUAACUCUUUUCAGGUUUCCUUUUUGUUCCUCUACUGUAGCUAUCAAAUUUUCAUGUUACUUGAUGUUUGAUUACACAACAUUGCUUAGUUUGUACGUAUUAAGAUAAGCUGGUAGAAAUGGAAUAUGCAGAAUUCUCUUGUUCUGUGAUAUCAAUCUAUAAAAAUUGCAUAUUCUUACAGAAGUUU